AUGUCGUUGAGUUUGAUCGAUCUGCUGCCGGCUGAGCUGGUGCUUGCGGUGCUAUCCCACAUCGACCCUCUCUCCAAAGACCCCGCCGCCGUGCGGGCCACCUGCCGUUCGUGGCGCCGCUUCCUGCGCGACGAGCGCCUGUGGCGCCAGUUCCACGCCCGCGUCUACCCCACCCGCCUGCCCGGCGAUGAGGCCACCAACGAGGCCCACGACGCGCUCGUCAUGCGCGGGGCUCGGUCGUGGCGCCAGUCGUUCGCCGACAAGACCGGCCGGCUCAAGAACGCGCUGGCGCACCACCAGCACCGGGCCAAGUCCAAGUCCGACCACGAGGGCCUCGAGUGGCGCCUUGUGGCGGCGGCCAACGAGGGCUGCCUGCCGCUGGUGCGGCGCUUCGCCGAUGCGCUGCUCGAGCUGCUGGCGAGCCGCGGGCUGGAGCCGGCGGAGGGCCUGGCGAGCCUGGAGGCCGACAACCAGCGCCCCAACCAGCGGGCCAGAGGCAACGUGCUGCACAUGGCCCUGUGUGGCGCCUGCGUUGCCCACUCCGCCCCAACCGUCAAGCUGCUUCUGGAGCUUGGCGCCAAGGUCAAGCCAGAAAAGAAGUAUGUUCGAGGCGACCCGAAGGCGCCCACAGGCAACCACCAGUACCACGCGCCGUUGAAGUGCGCGGCCGCGAGCCACUACGUCCCGCUCGCCACCCUGCUCUUGGACCAUGGCGCCGACCUUGAGCCAACCGCCCUAGCGGCGGCAGCGAGAGUGGGCGACACGGCGAUGAUCGAGAUGCUGCUCCAGCGCGGAGUCGACCACUCGGACGGCAGUGCGCUUUGGUUGGCGGCGCAUGCCGGCCACAUGGACGCCUUCAGGCUCCUCAUCGACCGCGGCUGCGAUCCCAGAAUCGGUCAUGCGCUGGGGAAUGCGGUGAUCGCGCGCGAUGUCGACGCGGCGCGCCUGCUGACCGAUCACGGCGCCGUGCCGACCAGCGAGCACGUCGCCAUGGCUCUGGGACAUGCGGGGUGGGCCUCUACGGUGGAACUGCUGCGCGUGCUCGCGUCGGGCAUCGAAACGAACGAAUCGUACAGUUUGCUGACGUCAGCCGCGGUGGCCGCCGGGGACGAGGAUGUAUGCCGCUUCCUGAUCGAGCACGGCGUCGACAUCAACACCCACAACGACGAGCUGCCGGGCAGAAAAAUUAUCAACACGCCGCUUCACCACGCCGCCAGGACAAACAAUGUAGACCAUGCGAGUACGGACACACCGAGGUCGCGCGACUCAUCGCCAAGCACCGCGGGACAAGAAAAAGAAGAAGACGAAGACGAAGACGAAGACGAAAGCGAAGCGGCGACGAAGACCAGCAAGUCGAGCGGGAAGAGAAAGAACCGGUCGUCAUCACAGAGCGACAUGAAUGAAGAAGAAGACGACGACGACGACGACGCGAAGAAGCAGAAGAAGAAAGCGAAGACGACGAAGAAAACGAACAAGGAGAAGAAAGAGAAAGAGGUGUCGGGCGAGAGGCAGGAGGAGCUGGCCCUGGAGGCCGACGUGCGCCGGCUGGCCAGGUUGGACAAGACCGACGUGUUCGCGCUGCGCCAGCUGCUGCGCACGGCGGGCAUGAAGCCGAGCGAGAUCCCGCGGCGCAAGGUGGAGAUGCUGCGGGCCGCGGUCGCGCGUCUCACCGGCGACGACGCCGACGCCCUGCUGGCCAAGUGUCGUCUCCCGCCCAACGCGAGAAACCCAUCUCCAGCGCGCCACGUGACUGAGAUAUAG